AUGGACGAUACAGAAGAUUCCAAUACAAACAAAAAAUGCACAAGGAGUUUUAGAAGUAAUGGAAAUACUCAAAACUAUCGGUUUCAAAACCAAUUUUUGCAUCACUCCAAUAGGAUUAAUGGCUUUGGUCAUGGAUUCAGUUACCAAAAUAAGUACCCUGCUCUACUUCCUCUGCCUCCAAGCAUUCCUCUGCAAAUGGCUGUGGCUCCAACUUUCCCUCAAUACCACAACUAUGGAUCAAAAACCCAUUUGCAGAAACCCUUGUGGAAACAGAAUAAUCAUCCUCUUCCAACCUCUUCUGAGUCCCAGGUCCAAGUUUUUUCAGUUGCACAAGCUCGGACGGAUUUCCAUCCGCAAAGUUGGCUGCCCUCCGAUGAGAAUGAUAAGAGGGUUAUGGAUGCCAAGCCAAAACCAUUGACAGUGGCAAGAAGACCGGACUCCGGUGGUAUAGAAGGGAAAGUUAUUACUCUCCUUGCUAAUCAUUUCUUAGUCCAAUUCGACCCUUCACAGCGAAUCUUUCAUUACGAUGUUGAUAUAGCCCCACAUCCGUCGAAGGAAAUUUCAAGAAUUAUCAAGAAAAAACUUGUUGAGGACAAUUCAGCUUUGCUAUCUGGUGCUCUUCCAGUUUAUGAUGGCCGAAGAACCAUAUAUAGUCCGAUAGAGUUCCAAGAUGAUAGGCUUGAAUUAUAUAUUAGUCUCCCAAUUUCUAGUGGAAAACCAUUAGAAGCAAUAAAAUCUGAAGAAAAAAGUCACCAACUUAAGCUUUUUCGGAUCAACAUCAAACUUGUUUCGAAAUUUGAUGGGAAGGAACUAAGCAACUACUUGCGUAAAGGAGGAGAAGAUUGCAGUCCUCUUCCUCAAGAGUAUAUCCAUGCACUGGAUGUGGUCUUACGGGAGAAUCCAACAGAAAAGUGUGUAGCAGCCGGAAGAUCAUUUUACUCGAAUUCAAUGGGAGGGGGAAAAGAAAUUGGAGGAGGAGCUAUUGCACUAAGAGGCUUCUUUCAGAGCUUAAGACCAACAAAACAAGGGCUUGCUCUCAAUGUGGACUUCUCGGUGACUGCUUUUCACGAAAGUAUUGGAGUGAUCCCUUAUUUGCAAAAGCGUCUCAAUUUUAUGCAUAAUCUUUGUCAGAAGAAAGCGAGAGGUUUGACGAGCGAAGAGAAGAAAGAAGUGGAGAAAGCACUGAAAAACAUCAGGAUCUUUGUUUGUCAUAGAGAAACUGUUCAGAGAUAUCGGGUUUGUAGCUUAACCGAGGAAAAUACCGAGAAUCUCUGGUUUCCAGAUAGAGAUGGAAAAAGUUUAAAACUGGUUGACUAUUUCAAGAAUCAUUAUAACUAUGAUAUACAGUAUAGAAACUUGCCAUGUUUGCAGAUUAGUAGGAGGAAGCCCUGCUAUUUGCCUAUGGAGCUUUGUGUAAUUUGUGAAGGGCAGAAGUAUCUCGGGAAGCUCUCAGAUGAUCAGACGGCUAAAAUACUCAAAAUGGGAUGCCAAAAGCCGAGAGUACGCAAGGCAAUUAUUGGUCAAGUUAUGGAAGGACCAGUCGGGCCGACCAGUGGCAAUCAGGGAAGAGGAUUCAAGCUCCAAGUUUCAAGAGAGAUGACAAGAUUGACAGGGAGAAUUCUUCAGCCCCCCAAGCUUAAGCUCGGUAAUAGUGGUCAUAUAAGAAAUCUGACUCCUUCCCGUCAUGAUCGCCAGUGGAACCUUCUAGAUAGCCAUGUCUUUGAAGGAACUCGAGUAGCAAGAUGGGCGUUAAUAAGUUUUGGUGGUACUUCAGAUCAGAAAUCCGACAUACCAAAAUUUAUAAACCAACUGUCUCUAAGGUGCGAACAAUUGGGCAUUUUUCUCCACAAAAACCCUGUUGUUAACCUCCAGUUUGAGCCAAUGCACGUGCUUGGAAAUGUAAAACUUUUGGAAUCGAAACUCAGGAAAAUUCAUAAGGCUGCUUACAACAAUCUUCAACUGCUUAUUUGUGUGAUGGAGAGAAAACAUAAAGGAUAUGCAGACUUGAAACGAAUUGCUGAGACUAAUAUUGGGAUCAUAAGUCAGUGCUGUUUGUACCCAAAUCUUGGCAAGUCAAGUUCACAGUUUUUGGCAAAUUUGGCUCUCAAGAUCAAUGCCAAAGUUGGUGGAUGCACUGUUGCAUUGUAUAAUUCACUACCUUCUCAACUCCCAAGGCUCUUCAGGCAGGAUGAUCCGGUGAUCUUUAUGGGUGCUGAUGUAACACAUCCUCAUCCUUUAGAUGAUUCUAGUCCCUCUGUCACUGCUGUGGUAGGUAGCGUGAAUUGGCCAGCUGCAAACAAGUAUGUCUCGAGAAUGAGAUCCCAAACACACCGAGAAGAGAUCAUUCAAGAUCUUGGAGCAAUGGUUGGGGAAAUUCUUGAUGACUUCUACGAGGAACUGUCUCAACUCCCAAAGAGAAUCAUCUUUUUCCGAGAUGGAGUUAGUGAAACACAGUUCUACAAAGUACUUCAGGAGGAACUGCAAGAAAUUCAUCGAGCGUGUUCAAGAUUUCCAGGUUACAAACCUCCUAUUACUUUUGCAGUAGUUCAGAAAAGGCAUCACACAAGGUUGUUUCCAAAUGAACCAGAACCAACUUCACCCUGGAACGAUGAAAAUAUUCCUCCGGGAACUGUUGUAGAUACGGUGAUCACUCAUCCAAGAGAGUUCGACUUCUACCUAUGUAGCCAUUGGGGUGUAAAAGGAACCAGCAGGCCUAUCCACUAUCAUGUUUUGUGGGAUGAAAACCAUUUCACUUCUGAUGAACUCCAAAAGUUGGUAUACAAUCUUUGUUACACAUUUGUGAGAUGCACCAAGCCUAUUUCAUUGGUGCCUCCAGCUUAUUAUGCUCAUCUUGCAGCAUAUAGAGGCAGAUUAUACCUCGACCGUUCAGAUUCAAGUGUCCUCAGAAGUUCUACAAUAUCUCGUCUUCCCCCUCAGAAGGCAAUGCCCCUCCCUAAACUUACUGAGAACAUUAGGAAGCUAAUGUUUUACUGCUGA